CUACACUUUGUCAUGCAUACAAUAUGGAUCGGAAAUCCUGGACGCAUGCAUGCUAUAAAUUCCGGCACCUUGCUUCGUUCUCAGCACACGGUGACAGCCUCCUCUAGGCUCUAGCUUGCUAGCUUGACGGCUUCCUCGUCGGCGUGGACGCUGCCUCAGCAAAAGAAUUCUCCUCGUCCUCCUCUAUGGCAGUGGAAGGAAUGGUGUGGAGCCCAAACACGGUGCUGGAACGUCAGCUCCGGCAGCCGGAAGACGAUGCCUCCUCGCCGGGGGAGAAGAAGCGCCCGCAUGCCUUCAUCGGGGUGCGCCCGCGGCCGUGGGGCACGUUCGCCGCCGAGAUCCGGGACUCCACGCGCGGUGGCGCCCGCGUGUGGCUCGGCACCUUCGACACCCUGGAGGCCGCCGCGCUCGCCUACGACCAGGCCGCCUUCUCCGCGCGCGGCGCCGCCGCCGUCCUCAACUUCCCCGUGGAGCGCGUGCGGGAGUCGCUGGGGACGCUCGCGCUCGCCGGCGGCGCAGGGGGCUCCCCGGUCCUCGCGCUGAAGCGGCAGCACUCCAAGCGCAGGCACAAGCGGCGCAGAAAGCUCUCCCGGCCUGUAACAACCACCACCAGCAAGGAUAAUCUGAUCAGCAAGCAGCAGCGGCAGCCGCCACGCCAUUGCUCCGACGUGCCAAGGUUGCCGGGCGUGGCCAUGGCGGCGGUGCCGCAGCAUCAUGUGACGGUGCACUGCAGCGUUCUGGAGCUCGAGGACCUCGGCGCUGAUUACUUGGACGAGCUCCUCCGAGCAUCAAGCGAGCUGACUGCAGAUUGAUCAAGUCAUGAUGGUUUGCUCGGGUUAACAAUUUCAAGAUAAUAAACAAGUAAUUCAAAGAGGCACCCAUAUGCUAUUUUACACCUUUGCGCCAAACUAAUUUUUUUUAAGAUUUAGGAAUAAUUCCGGCCUUGAUCAUUCACAAACGAAUGAUUACAGCCACAAAACAGGACACAGCACGCAGUCUGUCAAAGCAACAGCUCAAACACCAACACCGAAACAACAACGCUGGUUUAACCAACAACCACAACCACAGCACACAGGCUGCCUGAGCAACAGCUCAAAAAAACUACCCAAACUGAAACUCCCCAAUCAAACCAAGAUAAGAGCUGAGACAGAAAGACUACUGCCCAAUUCUUUUUCUGAAGUUCCAACCCCACCUGUUGUAUAGUUCCAUUAUCACCCCUUCCAAACGCUGACAAUUGUCCUUUACUAACUGCAUCGCCCAGUAUGUCGCCCUGAAGAGUACCUGCAAAUACGAGUUAGGACAGCUUCAUUGAAACACAACUUCAUUUCGGCUUAACCAAAUAGCCCAGCAUAUAGUUGUUGCACCUAGCUAUUAGCAGCAGUUUUCUACUUCUUAGAGAAAAGCCUCUAAGCCAAGGCCCUAGCAUAUUGGUAACACUGCUAGGAGGAGCAAUUCCAAAAGUAAAAAAACGGCCUACCAAACAAACUUUGCUACAUGACAUUCAAAGAACAAAUUUUUUGUACUUAUUCAUCAGAAUUGCAGAAACAACAUUUUUUAUCCCCUUUCCAUUUCCUCUUAGCCAAGUUAUCUUUGGUGAGAAUGAUCACUCCUUUCUUUAGAUACCACAAAAAAAUUUUAAUUUUAAGUGGAACUUUUAUCUUCCAGGAAAUUCUCAGGAAUCCUGCUAUCUUGCAUUAGGUCUCUAUGCAUUGAUCUUACUGAGAAGACUGAAUUACUAUUCAUCCUCCACACAAAUUGAUCCUCAGCCUUUGAAUAUCUCUUUUAGAAGAGCACCAAACUAAUUAUGCAAUAAGUUUCCAGCCGUUUAGAAAUAGAAGCUUUUUCGUGCUUGCUUGCGUAUGAUUACUGACAGUUUUUUACUGAACAUAAUUCAGUAAUACGGAUAUUCGAUUUAGUAAUUUCUAGCUAGUUUGUUGAGCAAUUUGACAGUUGGGUGUAGAAUAAAUGCUGGUGAAAAGACAUAUAAGUUAUAAAUAUAAUAUAUAAUUAAUUUACAAAUAUAUUUUGAGGAUAAAAAGUUGCUAUCUCCACCUUUUCUUAUUUUGUUCAUCUUCUUACACAAUACACAUAUUGUUGUCUCUGUUUCUUAUUUAUUUCUCUUUUUUUUCAACUGGUUUCUUGUUUGUUUCCUUUGUGUCCAACAAAAUUCACACAAUCAUCAUAGGCAUGGUACAUAUAUGUUAUUAUUCUUGAGCUCACUCGUGCAUGUACCUGGAUUGUACAUUUUUGCAAUGGUUAGUCAUGGCUAGUGAUGUUGCUCAUAAUAUUACACAUUAUAAUAAGAGUAAAAUGCUCUAGCAGUAUGUAAACUUGUAAGAAUGUGUCAUUUAGGUCUGUCAACUCUGAAAAUGCAUUUCUGGACCCACAAACUUGUAAGUAUGUGCCACUUUGAUCCAUCAACUCCAAA